UGAGGCUAUGCCAUGGUAUGUAUGCCAGGUAUGCAGGAAAUGCGAGGUAUGCUACGUGUGUUGCUGGUCUUGUCGCUGACAGAUCGUGCUGGAGGCAGUGAGAGACGAAGGCAACAGCGACAUCGCCGUUGACGACGUCAAGGUGGCGCACGGGGACGACUGCAGAGACGAAUUUACCAUGCCCGAGGUCAGAACUGCACCGACGACCACCACCACAACCUCCAAUACCACGACCUCACCUACCACCAACACCACCGGUGAUUCCACCCAGGGUGAUGUCACCACCCAAGGUGCUGCAGUUGCUCCUAAUACUACCUCAUCCUCCUCCUCAUCCUCCUCCUCCUCCUCCUCCUCCUCCUCCUCCUCCUCUUCCUCAAACAACACCUCCCCCCCUGCUACUGCUGGCACAGGUGCCAGUGAUAUCUCGUCUGGCACUGCUUCACCCGUGCUUAACACCACUGCUAGCAUCACCACUCCCACCGCCGCUGCUGACAACACCAGUGCCACCACUGUUGACACCAGUGCCACAGCCAUCGAGUCACUCACUUCACCUUCAUUCAGCUUGACACCACAUGACAUCACGACCGUCCAUACUGGAGCUGCGGAGGACUUGCAGAGCUGUCGCGACAGAUGUUUAGAGAUCGCGGACGGGGACGCAUGCGGCUGUGAUAUAGAGUGCGGCAACACCUCCACCUGUUGCCUCGACGUGGAUCACUACUGCCCGCACUUUCUGUCAACGACGAGGCUUGUCACUGUGUCCCUGCCGACAGUACACCUGCCGUUGACACCGUCUCCCUCUGUCUCGCCUGUCUCUCUGUCGUCCUUCACAGCUGGUCCUCGAGGGACUACAGCUGCUUCCAGUUCGAGCGAGAAUGAGUCUAAGGAAGACGAGAUCACUUCGACGAUUCCUCCAGCCCAUGUUGCCUCCUCGCCAGUGUCUGCCACCACGUCCGUGUCUGCCACCACGUCCGUGUCUGUCAUCACGCCCGUGUCUGCCACCACGCCCGUGCCUGCCGUCACGCCCGUGUCUGCCGUCACGCCCGUGUCUGCCGUCACGCCCGUGUCUGCCGUCACGCCCGUGUCUGCCACCACGCCUGUGUCUGUCACCAUGCCCGUGUCUGUCGUCACGUCCGUAUCUGUAAUCACGCCCGUGUCUGUCACCUUGCCGCUGUCUUUCCCAGCUCGUCCCGUCACGUACCCCGUCGAAGAGGCGACAUCCAAGGCCUCUCACGUUACCUUGAAGCUCCUGACGGAGACACCGGAGAUGACCCUGGAGGAGAGGACACCUAAACCUACGACUCCCGCAGCUGCAUCGCCGCCGGCGGAGAGGCGCUAA